AUGGACGAGCUCUUCGAUGUCUUCGACGCUCAGCCGGGCCAGGAACAGCCCGAGUCGCAUAGCGAGCACGAAGCCGCCGUCGCUGAACCUCCCAAGAAGUCGCGCAAGAAGGACAAGAAGAGCAACAAGCGCAAGGCCGAUGGUGCAAUCAAGAAUGGCGUUGUCGCUGAGAAAGACGAUGCCGAGAUGCCCGACGCCGACGACGUCCCGGAGAACAACUCUGCCGGAAACCAACCUGAGGACGCCGGUGCAACCUCUGACGACCAGGAAGACAGUCACAAGCGCAGGAAGAAGGAGGACGAGGCCCAGCCGGUUCUGACCGACACCUUCCAGACUGCCCAGUCGAGAGAGGUCGCCGGCGCCACAACCUUCACCCAGGCUCAAGACGAGUCGCUUGUCCUGUCCCACAACAUUCAGCACCAGGUCGCCUUACCUCCUGAUCUGGACUACGAAUACGUCCCGCUCUCCGAGCACAAGCCGCCGGCGGAACCCGCCCGCAAGUACAACUUCAAGCUGGACCCGUUCCAGAGCCUGUCCGUCGCUUCGAUCGAGAGAGAAGAGAGUGUUCUGGUCUCUGCCCACACCUCCGCCGGAAAGACCGUUGUCGCCGAGUACGCCAUUGCCCAAUGCCUGAAGCGCAACCAGAGAGUCAUCUACACGAGUCCUAUCAAGGCACUUUCCAACCAAAAAUACCGAGACUUCGAGGCCCUGUUCGGCGACGUCGGCCUCAUGACGGGUGAUGUCACCAUCAACCCUACCGCUAGUUGCUUGGUCAUGACCACCGAGAUUCUACGCUCCAUGUUGUACCGCGGUUCCGAGAUCAUGCGCGAGGUUGCCUGGGUCGUCUUUGACGAGAUUCACUACAUGCGCGACAAGACCAGAGGCGUGGUGUGGGAAGAGACCAUCAUCCUGCUUCCCGAUAAGGUUCGCUACGUAUUUCUGUCUGCCACCAUUCCGAACGCCUUUCAGUUCGCCGAAUGGAUUGCCAAGAUUCAUCACCAGGCCUGUCAUGUUGUCUAUACCGACUUCCGACCCACCCCUCUCCAGAACUAUUUCUUCCCCGCCGGCGGCAGUGGCAUCUUUCUGGUGGUGGACGAGAAGGGCGUGUUCCGAGAAGGCAACUUUCAGAAGACCAUGGCUCUGAUCGAGGCGGGCAAGGGACAAGACCCCAGCAACGCCAGCGCCAGCUGGAAGGGCAAGGGGGCCAAGAAGCAGACCCAAAAGGGCGGAGCGGCGGCCGACAUGAAGGCCGACAUCUCCAAGAUUGUCCGCAUGAUCAUGCAGAAGAGCUUUCACCCCACCAUCAUCUUCAAUUUCAGCAAAAAGGAGGUUGAGAACCUGGCUCUGCAGAUCUCCCACUUCCAGUUCAACAACGACUCAGAGCAGGCCAUGGUUAAGACUGUCUUCAACAACGCCAUCCAGAGCUUGUCCGAAGCCGACCGCGAGCUGCCCCAGAUUCAGAACCUGCUUCCUCUCUUGCAGAAGGGAAUUGGUGUGCAUCACUCUGGUCUUCUUCCUAUUCUGAAGGAGACCAUUGAGAUCCUCUUCCAGGAGUCUCUCAUCAAGGUUCUCGUUGCGACGGAAACCUUCUCCAUCGGUCUCAACAUGCCUGCCAAGACCGUCGUCUUCACCCAGGUGACCAAGUGGGAUGGUACCCAGCGCAGACCUCUCACGCCGUCCGAGUACAUUCAGAUGUCUGGACGUGCCGGUCGUAGAGGCCUGGAUUCCCGUGGUAUUGUCAUCAUGAUGAUCGACGACAAGAUGGAGCCCGAUACUGCGCGCGCCAUUGUUGUCGGCGAGCAAGAUCGUCUCAAUUCCGCCUUCUACCUUGGCUACAACAUGAUUCUGAACCUGCUGAGAAUCGAGGCCAUUUCUCCUGAAUUCAUGCUUGAGCGUUGCUUCCACCAGUUCCAAACUGGAGCUAGCGUUCCGGCGCUUGAGCGAGAUCUCAUGUCUCUUCAGCAAGAGAGGGACAACAUGUCGAUCGCCGACGAGGCCACCGUCAAAGACUACUACAACCUGCGCAACCAGCUGGAGCAGUACACCAGCGACAUGCGUGCUGUUAUCCAGCACCCCGAGCACUGCGGAGACUUCAUGCAGCCUGGUCGCCUGGUUCGCAUUCACGACCCUAAGAAGACCAAUAACACCGUUGGAGGCACCGACUUUGGCUGGGGCGUUGUUGCAGACCUGAUUCGCCGCCAACGCAAAUCCAACGAGCCCGAAAUCCCUCCUCAAGAGUCAUGCAUCAUUGACGUCAUGAUGGUUGUUGACCAGAAGAGCGCUCCGGUCGCCGAGGGUGCCAAACUAGCCUCUGGUGACCUUCCUUCGGGCCUGGUUCCUUACCCCAAGCCCGAACAACCUGACAACGGUGCUCGCUUCGAGAUUGUCCCGUGUCUGUUGACUUGCGUCAAGGCCAUCAGCCAAAUCAGAGUCUUCAUGCCGAAGGACUGUAGGUCACAGGCGGCUCUCCAAGAAGUUGGCAACUCUCUCCGAGAGGUUCACAGACGGUUCCCCGACGGACUCCCCAUCUUGGAUCCCGUCGAGAACAUGGGUAUCAACGACGAUGCCUUCAGGAGCCUGAUGAAGAAGAUUGAGAUGUUGGAAGCGCGCCUGCUCACCAACCCCCUUCAUGGAUCACCUUUGCUGCCCCAGCUCUACCUCCAGUACCGCGCCAAGGAGAAGUUGACCGAGCAGAUCAAGGCCAAAAAGAGAGAGAUUGCGAGACUUCACAGCAUUGCCCAGAUGGACGAGCUCAAGGCUCGCAAACGUGUCCUGCGCCGCCUUGGCUUUCUCAAUGAGUCCGAGGUUGUCGAGCUCAAGGCCCGUGUUGCCUGCGAAAUCUCGUCCACCGAGGGCCACGAGCUGGUCCUUGCCGAGCUCCUGUUCGACCGUUUCUUCAACGAGCUGUCCCCUGAGCUGAUUGCUGCGACGCUCAGUUGCUUCGUCUUGGACGAGAAGCUCGAGACCGCCGCCCUGCGCGAGGAGCUGGCCAAGCCCUACCGCGAGGUCCAGGCCAAGGCAAAGCAGGUCGCCAAGGUUAGCCGCGAGAGCAAGCUUGAGCUUAACGAGGAGGAGUACCUGGCCGGCUUCAAGUGGCAACUGAUGGAGACCGUCUACGCCUGGGCACAGGGCAAACCGUUUGCAGAGAUCUGCAAAAUGACCAACGCCUACGAAGGCUCCCUUAUUCGUCUCUUCCGCCGUCUCGAAGAGCUCCUGCGCCAGAUGGGUCAGGGUGCCAAGGUGAUGGGCAGCGACGAACUGACUCAGAAGUUCGAAGACAGUCUCGCCAAGAUCCGCCGCGACAUCGUCGCGGCCCAGAGUCUGUACCUCUGA